GUUUGGAAAACAUUAGAAGUUGAUUGGGGAUAUUUUACGCAACCACAAACUAUACAAAGUUGUAUGGAUCCAAGUAAAACGUUGAACAUGGGAUCAUUUAUCUAUCCGAGGGGAAAAGUGUGGGGAGGUUGUAGUAGCGUUAAUGCAAUGAUAUAUAUAAGAGGUCAUCAACUUGAUUAUGAGGAAUGGGCAUCACAAGGUCCUGAUUACAAGAAAUUUUGGAAUUGGGAUAAAUGUCUUGAAGCGAUAGAGAAUAAUCAAAGGAAAGAAAAAGAUGAUGAAUUUAAAUAUUAUCACGGACAAGACGGAUUGUUACAUGUAGAAGAUUAUCUUGAAACCUUUGAUAUCUUAAAUGAUUCAAUUAAAGCUGCUAUACAAUUUGGUGUACCAUUUAAUAAAGAUUUUAAUGGAUCCAAACAAAAUGGGGUAGGAAAAUAUCAGUUAACUUCCAAGAAUGGACAAAGGUCUUCAUUUGCAAAUGGGUUUCUCAAUGAUGCAUUAAAUAAGAGAACAUUAACAUAUCCUCCUUUUAAACCGCUUGGAGAGCCAUAUGGUUCUCCACAUGGAAUAGGAAAAAUAUCGGCUGUUAAUGUUAAAUCUACCUCUCACGUAUUAAAUAUACUUUGGGAUGAUGAUAACUUUUCGACCAUUGAGGAAGGGAAAAAGAACGUCGCUAGAGGUGUCAAAUACUUUUAUCAAGGUUGCUUACACGAAGCUUAUGUUGCACCCAAAGGAGAAGUAAUUCUUUGUGCUGGGGCUAUUAAUAGUCCUCAAAUAUUAAUGUUGUCAGGAAUUGGGCCCAAAAAACAAUUGAGUUCUCAUAAUAUUGAUGUGAGAAAGGAUUUACCCGUUGGUAAUAAUUUAUUAGAUCAUCCAUUAGGAUACGUUACAAUACGAACCGAAGUACCAAAUUCUACCAUGAAUACAACAUUACAUGAAUGGUCAAGCGGAACGGAAGUUGGAAUGUUUUUUAAAGCUAACGACAAGGGAAGAUUACCGUCUCGCGAUGAAUUAUUACACGAUCGUCCAGAUAUUCAAUUAACAGCUGCAUCUACUAUAUGGGAUCCGAAAUUAAUGGCAUAUACAGAAGAUGCGAUAACAUUAGCACCUGUCUUGAAUAAACCAAAAAGUGUUGGGCGGUUAGAAUUGACAAACUCAAAUCCGUUUCAACAACCCAAAAUUUAUUUGAAUUUUUUGGAUAAAGCUGAAGAUACAUAUAAAAUGAUUAGCGCAUUAAAAGUAACUUUAGAACUACUAAAACAACCAGCUUUAGCUAAAUGGAAAGUUAAAGAAAUUGGAUUGAAUGACGAAUAUUCUGACGUACAAAAGGAAAUUAAGAAGAAAAUGAAACGUAAAGAGGAGAUGAAUGAUGAUGAUUGGGAGGAAUUUCUCAGUAAAAACAUAUUUACAUCGUUUCAUACGUGUGGUACGGCAAAGAUGGCACCGGAAGAGAAAGGGGGAGUAGUAGAUCAUAAAUUACGUGUGUAUGGAUGCGAAAAUUUACGUGUGGUUGAUGCUUCAAUUUUCCCAACCAUACCUGCUGGUAAUACCAAUGCGCCUACUGGUAUGGUUGCCUGGAGAGCGAGUAGAUUAAUCGAAGAUGAUUAUAAAUUCAAAUUAUCGUCUUAG